AUUUACAAUUUCGUCACGUGACCUAAUCAGAGGCGAAAGCAGAAGCUGACAGAAGAGACCGUUUCCUUCUCGCUCAGCGUCUUUCAGGCGGCCUUUCUCCCCCUCUUCCCUCAGAACAGGACAACAAGAUGGGAAAGAUCACCCUAGCUAACCCCAGCGGGCAGAAGGACCCCGUCAAGGAUGUGAAAAUCCCGAUGAAACCAGCAGAUGGUGAGAAUGAUGUGGAGACGGCCACUGUUGCGGUGACCCAGCCCAUGCCCCGGCGCAGGAACGGCUGUACCUCCUGUAUCAUGGCCCUCAUCUGCAUGCUGCUGGUCAUUGGGGGCAUCGCUGGUGGAUUGUUCCUGUACCGCCACUUCGGACGCCACAGGAAGUUCAUCGGGCGCUGCGGCGUGCGCUACAACAGCCACUACUACAACCGUGGGCACGACCCGACCACCCCCCGCGCUCAGUGGGCCAUGCUGGAGGAGGAUGUGGAGGUGGACAUUGACGGCGAGUAUGAGCGCAUCGAGGUGCCCGACUUUGACAAGUGCAACCACGCCACGGUCCUGCACGACUUCAGGAGGCAACUGACUGCCUUCAAGGACUGGGAUCACAUGAGGUGUUUCGUGAUGGCCCUGAACGAGUCGGCCGUGUCCCCCCCUCGCAGCCUCUUCGACCUGCUGAUGCGCAUCAGCGAUGGGAGCUACAUGCCACAGGCUUACGUGAACCGUGAAGUGAUGCGCGUGGUGCAGCCUGCGAUCGCUGACACGGCACAGCUGGGACAGUACAUCCACGCCCUGUGUAGGGGUGUGGACACCUACAGGCUGGCCAGCGUCAAGAAGGAUGAUGACCUGCGCCCAGAGGGCCACUACUUGGCUAAACGCGAUCUGAUACCACCAGACGAUUGCUUCAGCAUUGUUGGAUUCUACGCUGGCACAGUGAUCCAGGAAGUCUGUAUCCAGUUCUAGUGGAAGGAAGAAGACAGCGGCCAUGUGCAGGACAUGCAGAUCAUUUUGAGAGAGCCUUGCUUUAAUUGCUACACUGUAACAACAACUGGUGAUUUUUAGAAGAUCGACUCUGUAGGUUUUGUGGCCAUCUUGUCUUUCUGUGUUUGGAAAAAUGAAA